AACGCGUACGUGAGGAAUGUGUGAUGACGUAACGGGAAGUGCCAAUGAAGGACUUGGCUGGAGCUCCAGGAAGCAGCUCAGUAGCAAGAAGACGCGGCAAAGAGCAGCAAUGGAUCGAGUGAGGUCUACGUUCAACAGCAUGAUGAAAAGUGAACGGUACGGCAGGUUCACUAUGCAGCCGACGGAGGACGGAGAAAGACACGUCGAGGUCAAACUGUCCGAUGACGCCACAGAGGCCGAGGACCAGGCAGCGGGCUCACCGAGCUUCAGGCCAGCACUUCCACGUAAAAGCCGGACCACUCUUUGCUACCUGGCCCUGGCAACCCUGCUGAUAUUUGUCACCGGCUACGUGCUUGGUUACCUCAGCCACCGUGAAACUCAGUUGGAGCAGUUGAACUGUGGCACAGAGCAGGGAGUGGUUAAUACGCAGGUAGUAAUGCCGCCAGCCAUUGUUACACCAGCACUAGAUGUUCAGCUGGACUGGAAAGACAUCACCCAACUCCUCACGCAGAAACUCACCAGUGAGGCCUUUGGCAAAACUCUGAGGGAUGUCGAUCGUCCCAGUCGUUCAGCAGGAAGUGCUGAAGACGUGAGUCUGGCAAACCACAUCGUUGAGGAAUUCACGAAAGCAAAGAUGGAUCCCUGGACUGACAUUCACUACGUUCAGCUGCAGACGCCAGACAGCCAGCGUCCAAACCGUGUCAGUUUUGGUUCAGAUGUCUUCGAGCCUAAAGGGUAUCUGGCCUACAGUGCUCCUGGGAAAGUUGAGGGCAAGCUGGUGUACGGUAACUACGGUCGUCAGGAGGACCUGGAUGUUCUGCAGAAGAAGAACAUCGAACUGAAAGACAGUGUGUUGCUGCUCCGAGCUGGAAAGAUCAGUUUCGCAGAGCAGGUGGGUAAUGCUGCCACGAAGAGGGCCGCUGCUGUUCUAAUCUACCCUGACUCUCAAGAUCACAAGUAUGUAGCGGACACGGCGCUCUACGGACAUGUCCAUCUGGGUUCAGGCGACCCCUACACCCCUGGAUUCCCCUCCUUCAACCACACCCAGUUCCCCCCAACGCAGUCGUCCGGCCUCCCUAAAAUCCUAGCCCAGACCAUCACCGCCAACAUGGCUACAUCUCUUCUACAGAAAAUCGGCGGUCCUGUAUCGGAUGCAAGCAGCGGUUUUAAAGGCAGUCUGCCAUCAGUUGAUUACAAACUGGGAGGCAGCGCCAACAUCACCGUUGAGGUGAACAACGUGCUGGUCAACACGGAGAUCCACAAUGUGUUUGGAGUCAUCAAAGGAUUCACCGAUCCUGAUCGCUACGUUGUACUGGGAGCUCAGCGAGACGCCUGGGGUAAAGGUUACGCCAAAGCCUCCGUCGGCACCUCCAUACUGAUAGAGCUGGCCAAGGCUGUUCGCGAGAUGGUGGAGAAAGAUGGGUUCAGGCCAAGGAGAAGUCUGGUCUUUGCAAGCUGGAGCGCCGGAGAGUACGGAAGUGUUGGCGCCACCGAGUGGUUGGAGGGUUAUAUGUCCUCUAUUGACAAACGUGUUUGCACCUAUAUAAACCUGGAUGGAGCGGUCAUGGGUCGUGGGAGCUUCAUGGCCUCGGCAAGUCCGCUGCUCUACAGCCUCCUCGAGAACACGAUGAAAGAGGUGAAGAGCCCUCUUGGUUCUGGCACAGUGUACAAUAUGAUGGGAUCAAGUAACUGGCAGGCCAAAACACUGAAGCCAAUGACAAUGGACGACCCAGCCUAUCCCUUCCUGACCUUCUCUGGAAUCCCCUCCAUCUCUUUCCACUUCACCAAUCUUGAUACUGAGGCCUACUGCUACUAUGGCACCAACCUGGACAGCAUGGAUCACCUCGACUACGAAACCAACCAUCACACCAGUGAAAUGGUGGCGGUAGCGGCACAGUUUGCCGGCCAGAUGGCUCUGCGACUGGUCCACGACCACCUGCUCAGCCUGGAUGUGGGCCGAUACAGAAGCGUCCUCACCAAGGCUGUGAACCAAGUCUACUUACGCGUCAACCAGCUCUCAAAGUCUGGUCAGCUGAAGGAAGUGAAUCCCAACUGGCUGAGCCGUGCACGCGGCUCCUUCCAGCGCGCCGUUACCAGCAUCUACAACGACAUCGGCAACACUGACUUGAAUGACAAGGAGGCCUGCCGGAUCCUCAACGACAGGAUCAUGAGUGUCGAGCACACCCUCCUCUCUCCGUACGUGUCCCCCAUUGAGACCCCCUUCCGUCACCUCCUGCUGGGUUGGGGCUCCCACACUCUAGCAUCCAUCGCCAAGACCACCGACAUGGAGGAGCUUCACACCCAGCUGGCCCUGGCCACCUGGAACCUGCAGGGAUGCGCCAACGCCAUGAUGGGAAACAUCUGGGACAUCGAUGAGGAGAUCUAAAGAAGGACGGGAAGUUGCAAGCGUGCGUGUCAUGUGUGUGUUGUUCAAAAUUAAAUUUGAGGUAGAGCAGAGGAGCUCCAAUAUCAGCACUUAAGCACAAGCUGUCAAUCAGAGGUCUAAGCCCCACCCUUUAAAAGCAGGCCACAAAGAUCCAGGAGGAGAUAGAAACGCAUGAAACACACUCUUAAAUACUUGAAGUAAUAUUAAUGCUACUGAUAAAUCUGCCUCCUCUCCUCCUGGCUCUACAUCCAACCAGUCAAGGCCUUUGCUGUGACCUCUCGCCAUCAAAACACUGAGAAACCUUAUUUAUACUUACGUUUUUUAUCAGUGGCAGUGCCCACUAUAAAGCUAUUGUUUGUCUUUUUAUACGACGUUAUCGGAAGCAGUGCCUUCCAUAAUUAUGACGGUUAUACUGUCUCAUCCUCCGGCAGCAUCUGCUACACAAAUGACUCCUCAACUGUUGCUGACAAAAUGGUACGACGACAUAUUAGGGCCAUUUAUGGUAAAAAAAAUAAAAUAAAAAAUUACAGGGGAGAGGGGGUAAUAUUCUGAGAAAGAAACUCUGAAUUUCCAAGAUUAAAGUCAAAAUUUGAGAAAAAAACUUGAAUAUUCUCUGAUAUAAAAUAUUAAUUAUAUUAUUAUAAAGAAAAAAAACUUGAAAAAUAUGAGUACAAAACCGUGGAAAAGCGCCAGUGAGUAACUAUGGUAACGCAGUGUCUCUACUUUCCCGUAACUUCUAUAAUAUUAGUAUUUAUGUUCAUAAAAGAAGACAUUAAGAACAUGAAAGAAAACCUAUAUAUGUAUCUUUCAGGACCUUUGCCUCGCUCUGUGUUUUUCUCGUAAAUGUUUGACUUAAAAAAUUUGUGAGUUUUUUUAUUCCCGUAUAUAUUUGCCAUUUUAAUCUCAGAGAAUAUCCAAGUUAUUUUCUCGGAAAUUUAUGACUUUAACCUCGGAAAUUCAGAGUGUUUUCUCUGAAUAUUACCCUCCUCCCCUGGCUCAGUAAUUAUUAUUUUUUACCUACAGUGGCCCUAAUAUGCCGUUGUAAAAUAGAGCCCCUGGUAAAGUUAGAUUUUUAUUUAUUAUGGCCUUCAUUUCUUCCUUUUUGUGUGGAGAUUUUUCUAAAAAUGACUUCCUGAGAAAGUGGCGUACAUUAGUGGCGCUUCACUCUGUCAUCAAAAUGGUUAUUUCAAAGGGAGAAAUGAAGGGUAGAAAAGAGAGAUUUUUUUCCUGAUAUAGUGGCAGUUUGGAUUUAAAUUGGUCUGUCAAAAACUAGUCAAGGAGCAGAGAGAAAACUCUGAGAAAUUCUUCAACAAGCCCAGAAAUGAAUUAAGACUGGAUUUAUUCUGCGCUCGUUGGCAGGACGAAUGCUAAAUAAUAAAAAAAAAAAAGCUGAUUGGUAUCUUAAUUUGCAAGAAAGCCAUUUAUGUUGCACAGUCUACUUUGGAGCAGUUAAUAACAUGACAAAGUUAUUGGGAGCAGAGUCUUCCAUAUUUAAAACCCAUUAUCGGGAGCAGUGUCUUCCAUAAUGACAAGCAGUGAUGGUAGUUUUUUCCUACCAGUGUGUGUGAUUUACAUGUGUAUUUAUCGAGAGCAGUGUCUCUCAUACUUCACUUGAAAGGUGGAACAACUUAUCGGGGACAGUGUUUCCCAGAGUUUUAUACUUGAAAAAUGUACUUGUUUAUCUUUACGUGUGUGUGUGUGCUUCUGAUUUUCAUUUUUUAUUUUUACUCACAUUUCUGCUGCUGAAUUUGUUUGAUUUCUGUUUUAUUUCACAUCCAAUCAAGCAUCUCGAUACACAAACGCACAGAAUAUUGAAAUACACUAUAUUCCUUAUAGUUGUCAGGCUUGUUAUCCCCAAAUCUCUCGUGUUUCUUUGUGUUAGUGACUUUAAAGAUACAACAGAUGCUCCACCUACAUAUGCAUUCACUCCACAAGUCAAAACUCUCUGCAUGCGUUUCAAUGACAUAAACCGCUUCACUGCAUGUUACUGUAUUGCUUUAAUGAGGUGUAGCUCAACAGACUUAUAUUACAAACCCCUUAAAUGAAUUAGGGUUCAACUGAUAUGUUCUAUUUUUUUUUGUAUUCAAGCUGCUGAUAGAUGAUAUCUAUUUGACCGUUUUUUUCCCAUAAAAGUUAGUCAGUAGUUUUCCCAAAAUACAUCAGGCCUCCGAAAUAGCAGAUGCAGUUAGAGCAGGCAUAUGGUCAUGCACCCUGACCCCAUGAUGAUACACAUUGAGUGACAGCCCCCUUCAUUUGCAUAAUGAGGCAGAAUUGUAUAAAGAAA